GCUUUGGACAAGAUUCAGGAUUUUUUUUUUCUUGUUCCUUUUUCUCUAUUUUUUUUUCCCUUUGACAAAAGCCCCUUACCGUCAUUUUAAUUUUUUUAUUGUCUUAGCACAUUCAUUUUCAAGCACUUGUAGGCCCUUUUAAUUUAAGCAGACAACCUGAUUGCUUUUAUUACACCACUUCCUUGGAGAAGCCGCCAUGAAUGUUUUUAAGGCUGCUUUCCUGAUGAUGUUCAUCAUCCUUCAAGUUGUUCCUUUACUGUCUUCUAGAGAUGAUUCGUUGCCACAGAGAGUUCUGGGAAGAGGGUUUCUGGAUCAGCAUUUCCAAGGAGAAGGCUUCAACCUUCCAUCUGCACAGACAAAGGACAGAUGUCUGUCUUCAAUGGAGGAACGUCGUGGGCAGCUUUUUGCAGACCUUCGCCGUUUCUGGCUAAAAGAAGAGCAAGGGAAUCCAUUGCAGUUUGGCUCCUGCCAAGGAGACCAGGCAGCCCUUCUGUCAACCCUGCCAUAUCUCUUGCAUGAGGAUGGUAGCCUGCUGACUGAGCAGCUUGUGAAAGUGCAACAACAUGAGCUGGAGAUUCAUCUCAGGUUUAGGAAGACACCAGCCAUCCAGAAUGGACUAGCGUCUCUACUUAUCUUCUACCUCCCUGGCUCAGCCUUCAAUGAAGGGGAGACCCUAAACCUCUCUUUUACGAGCAGCACCUCAUCCCAGGAUCAGCAGGUAGCAUGCAUUUCCAUGGAGACCCAGUAUCUCAUUGUGAAUGCCGAGCAGCUCUUGAGAAAUCAAAAGCAGGCAGAGAUCCUUCUCAUAGCCUCCCUACAGAGUUCCGACAGCACUUAUGGCUCUCCUCUUUCACUUCCUGAUCUCCAAAAACGACUCAUCUGGUUAGACGAGUGUAACAACAUUGUGAAUCCAGAGCUGCUGCUGCUCCUGCCGAAUGAAUUCCAGACCAAUUCCUCCUCUCUGGUCGAUGACAGUAAUUCCACACCCCUGGGAAAGAAUUGUAGCUUCUUAGAAGAGCUGAAGAACUUCUUAAACUCAGUGGUGACUUCUGGAGACCUUAGUGAAGAGGGUCAACCUGUAAUCAUCCCUUCUAAAACCCAGCUGCACUGGGACGUGGCCCAGCUAAAGACGGGCAGACAUUUCUAUCUGAACAUCUCCUCCUCUCCUGCUGAACUGCACCUCCUUCUGGAGUCCAACUCCCCUACUCUCUUCAGUUUCUCACCACGCACAGUGGACCACGGUGCAGAGCUGCACUUGGACAGGCACCAUUUAGGCCAACUGAAUAGAAAAUUAGCUGCCACCUUAGCUGCAGUAUCUGAACACCCAGAGCUACAGAAGCAUGAUGCUCUUCCCAAGCUGCGAAGACUUCUGCAGUAUUGCCUUUAUCCCGGAAUGCUUUGUGAAGGCAUGGAGCAGGUCAGCACAGAUGUGCCAUUUGUUCAGCAACGGCAUAACACGCUGAAACGGCAGUACCAUACCCUGCUCCUGCUCAAAGCCCUGCAGACGGUGUUGGACUGUUGGGGACGACAGACGAGACGCCUGUCUCGCUUUGACCGCAGCCAAGGCAGGAAAGGGCCGUGCAUGUUGCAUCCACUCACUGUACAGCUGGGUGAAUAUCCUCAUAUUAUUUAUCCGCGUGAACUGGCAAUUGACAACUGCCAGGGCCACUGUGGCUUUCCCCAGCCCACAAACAUUGACUCGACCAAUAAUCACGUGGUUCUGCUCAUAAAGCAGCAUGAGAAGGGACCUGGUUUGGUGCGUCCCCCCUGCUGUGUGCCAGUGCAGUACAAAUCUGCGUAUUUGGCAGAGUUUGAUGACUAUGGAACUAAAGUGUCUUACAAACCUGACAUGAUUGCAGAGAAAUGUGGAUGUAGGUAAAAUAACAAAAAACUAUAAAAUCUGUUUUAUGAUCUUUUUUUUUUUUGGUUUCUUGACAAGCUUGUGCACAUGUGA